AUGAAUUCUAUUCAACAGAUUACUGAGGAAAAGAAUAUCCAAAAAAAAGGUGCAAUAUGCUUGCAAAAUUGUAGUUAUUCUAUUGUAUACGAUGUAGCAAUAUCAAUGGGUAUGUAUGUCGUAAAACCAGAAGAAUCGUGGGAUUUGUGGUGGUGUAAUACACCCAUGGACAUUAAAAAAGCCAAAAAUUUAAAAAAAUAUCAAAAAACGAAUCAUUUUCUGGGUAUGUCAGAAAUUUGUCGUAAAGAUUCAUUAGCUCGCAACCUCAAUAAAAUGGCUAAUAGUUUUCGAGACGAUUAUAAUUUUUAUCCUAUGACAUGGCAUUUACCAUCGGAUUACAUGAAAUUUCAAAUUUACACGAGUCAACAUAAAAAUUCAACAUAUAUUAUAAAACCAACAGCAGGAAGUCGAGGUACCGGAAUAUACAUAACUAAGUCUCCAAAAAAAAUUAAUCUGUAUGAACAUAAUAUGAUUUGUCAGCUUUACAUUUCCAAACCAUUGUUAUUAGAUGGCUAUAAAUUUGACAUGCGUGUGUAUACUUUAAUAGCAUCAUGUGAUCCACUUAAGAUAUACGUUUACAAUGAUGGUCUUGUCAGAUUAGCAACGGAACCUUAUGAAACACCCACGCACAAUAAUAUAAACGAUCGGUUUAUGCAUCUAACCAAUUACUCAGUGAACAAAUGCAAUAAAAUGUACAUUGAUAACGAACUUUUUGGAAGUAAACGCCGAAUUACAACUCUCAGUAAUUGGCUACGUGCAGAAGGCUACGACGAAAAAAAAAUAUGGAACGAAAUUGAUGAUGUUAUCAUUAAAACCAUAAUCCUGGCCUAUCCGUUUGUCAACCGCAGCUAUCAGACGUGUUUUUCCGGUCAUAAAUAUACGCCAGCAUGUUUCGAAAUUCUGGGAUUCGAUGUACUUUUAGAUGAAAACUGCAAGCCAUAUCUCUUGGAAGUUAAUCAUUCGCCAGAUUUUCACACAGACACUUCGAUUGACAAAUUAGUGAAACGAGAAUUACUGAUUGAUACGUUUAAACUAUUACAAUUGAAUAAGACUUUAAAAAAAUUUGUUUCUGGAGAAGAGAAAUGGAAAAUUCAACAACAAACCAUAAAUUCUGAUAAAAACGUUUACAAGCAAAGAACGUUAAGGUGCAAAGAAAAUUUUGAGCAACAAAAUAAUUUAUGGGAAAGCAAAAAUAUGGGUAACUACAGAUUAGUAUUCUCAGAGAAAAAUGCGCACUUGUAUGAACAUUAUUUUUACUGCAAUGAAAGUGCAAUUUACCGACAGACAUGUCGUGCAUCAUUGUAUUAUUGA